AUAAUUAAUAUAUACAAAGAAGUCCCCAUAUUUACCUAUGCCUAGACUGCUAGGGCAGGACAAUAUAAUUCACUUAGUUAUCAUGAAAGCCUAAGGCCCUGUUCACUUUCAUUUUCGUUUCCUGUUUUCUGUUUUCAUGUGAUAAAUUUGGCAACUGAAAUGAGAAAACUUGUUUACUUUUCAUUCUGUUUUCUAUUCGUUUCCAACUAUGAAAACAGAAAGUGGCAACUUCCUGCUGUUUUCGAAAACGACAAAAUGUUGUUUUCACCUGUUUUCAACAUCUGUUUUCUCAAAAACAGGAAACAGAAAUGAAAGUAAACAGGCCC